AUGCAGUGCCUAUCCUUCAACGAAUCCUUCGCCAUUUUCACCAAGUGUAGGCUCAAUUUACUGGGCAGAGGACGAGCGGGUGCGGAAAUGUAUUUGAAACUCUUACAACUGCCGGUGAACAAUUGUUGGAUUAAUUGGAGCAUAUAUCGUCGCUACAAUGGAUUCCGACCAUUUUUAUAUAAUGUCAGCACGAAUUUCUGCCAGCUCCUGGGAAACUCCAACGUCCUAUCUUUCCAAGGACUCGUUAUCAAUGCCAUUAUGACCAAGUCCAAUUUAAAUCACACUUGUCCCUACGAUCACGACAUCAUUUUGGAUAAUCUGGAGUUUAAUGAUGAAUUCCUGAAAAACCUGCCCUUGCCGCAGGGCAACUACAAAAUAGAACUGCGUUUUGCCACCGACAAGGUCUGGAGGGUUCAGGUUACCAUGUUCUUUGAACGCGAUGAACCUUAG